AGUUAAGCAUCAGUCGCGUCUGCGCCGUUCUACAAGGGAUUACGACUUUCGAAUUUUACGGAUUUUACGGAUUUUUCUUAUAUGUGCGCGAUAAGGAUUAUCGAAAAUGGCAACGGAAAUGCAAACGUUUUAUAAAGACAAGGUCGUCUUCUUAACAGGCGGCAGUGGAUUCCUGGGCAAAGAGUCUACUGCCUUUUCAGUGACCAUUGAGAAGCUGCUCCGCACCACGGAAGUGAAGCGCAUCUAUGUGCUGCUCCGCUCAAAAUGCGGACAGGAAAUGCAGGAGCGAUGUGCCGCCUGGAAAAAUGACUACGUUUUUGUUAACCUAGUACAGGCUGAUCCCGAUGUUUUGAAGCGAGUGGUGCCACUUGCCGGCGAUUGCCAGGAGCCGGAUCUUGGAUUGAGCCACUCUGACCGCCAGCUGCUCGUGGAUGAAGUACAGAUAGUGUUCCACAGUGCAGCCACCGUCAGGUUUGUGGAGCCCUUGCACGUUGCCCUGGCGAUCAACACGCGGGCCACGCGACUCAUGGUUCGACUGGCCAAAGAGAUGCCCCACCUGGAGGCCUUUGUUCACGUGUCCACCGCGUACUCCAAUUGCGUAGUGGAUCACAUCACUGAACGCUUCUACCCGGAGCACCUUACUUGUCCGGUGGACAAGGUUCUGCAGCUGCAUGAUAGCCUCAGUCCCGAGCUGUUGGACAACAUGACCCCCGCCUUGCUGGGAAAGUAUCCGAAUACCUAUACCUAUACGAAAGCUCUGGCGGAGCAGUUGGUCCAGCAGGAGUCGGGGGAUCUGCCGAUCUGUAUCUUUCGUCCUGGCGUUAUAAUAGCCAGCUAUAAGGAGCCCAUGUCUGGUUGGAUCGACAACUUGUACGGACCCUUUGCAGUGCUCUAUGGAUCAGCAUUUGGCAUUGUGCGAGUCACCAGGCUAAAUUUGAAGGCCCACGGAGGCAUUGUUCCGGUGGAUUACUGCGUCAAUAUGGUGCUGACCUGUGCUUGGAAUACGGCUCGAGAAAGAAGCAUUCAGUUGCCGACGGAACCGCCAAUCUACAACUUCAUACCCGCCGAGGGAAACCUGAUCACCUGGGGAGAAUUUAAGGAUCGGGCAGUCCGUUUAAGUUACAACUAUCCGUUUAGCCAGAUGAUGUGGAUGCCGUUCCUCAUCUGCACCACCAUUCCUUGGCUGCUCCAGAUCCUGACCUGCAUCUACCACCUGCUGCCAGGGUAUGCCAUCGAUUUGGUCCUACGUCUGCGGGGUCAAAAGCCGCGGAUGAUCAAGCUGUACGACAAGAUCCACAAGAAUAUCGACAUGCUGGCGCCGUUUGUGGUAAGAACCUGGCAAUUCGAUAGCUACAACACCCACCAGCUGUGGAUGCGUAUGUCUGCCGAGGAUCAAAAGAUCUACGACUUCAAUAUGAGCAGUAUUGAUUGGGACGAUUACUUCCUGCAAGCCCUGAGCGGAGUUCGGAUUUACCUCGCCAAGGAGGAGCCUGGUCCGGAAAACUUGGAGAAGGGUAGAAAGAUCUACAGAAAGUUUCAGGUUCUUCAUCGGCUCUUGCAAUUUACCCUUUGCAGUGGUGCUGCCGCCCUUUUGUGGUCCAUUCUUAAACGCUUAUCAGCCUAUUUUUUUAAAUCAACGAACACAGGCUAACACUCAAAAACUAUCUUUAUUGAUUGCUUGUUGUUUAAUAAAUGUUUUGGCAAAAGUG